AUGUUGCGCGGAGUCAACAGGCUAGCUACAAGGCCGAGUCGCCUUGCUCACACCAACCUACCAGCUUUGCGACGAGCUUAUGCUUCCGUAACCGACUUGUCCAACUAUCCCAAGCCCGGCGAUCAAUUACAUGGCUUCACCUUGAAGCGUGCCAAACACGUCCCGGAGCUCGAACUUACUGCUCUACAGUUCACCCAUGAGCGUACCGGCGCCGACUACCUACACAUUGCCCGAGACGACCAGAACAAUGUCUUCUCCAUCGGCUUCAAGACGAAUCCUCCAGAUGCCACCGGUGUCCCUCAUAUCUUGGAACACACCACUCUCUGCGGAAGUCAGAAGUUUCCUGUUCGCGAUCCCUUCUUCAAGAUGCUGCCGCGAUCUCUCUCCAACUUCAUGAACGCCUUUACCUCGUCCGACCAUACCACCUACCCUUUUGCCACGACCAAUGCACAAGAUUUCAAGAACCUUAUGGGCGUCUACCUCGAUGCUACCCUUCACCCUCUUCUUCAAGAGCACGACUUUACCCAGGAAGGAUGGCGUCUUGGUCCCGAGAACCCUCAGGCUGAGAACCCCUCUUCAGACGACAUCAUCUUCAAGGGUGUUGUAUACAAUGAGAUGAAGGGUCAAAUGUCCGAUUCGCAAUACCUCUACUACAUCCGCUUCCAUGAGAACCUGUUCCCUGCUCUCAACAACUCUGGUGGCGAUCCUCAAAAGAUGACCGAUUUGACUUACCAACAACUCAAGAAGUUCCACGCCGACCACUACCAUCCCAGCAAUGCAAAGGUCUUGACUUAUGGAAACCUGCCUCUUAAUGACCACCUUCAAUCCAUCGGCAAGGAGCUCGACAGCUUCUCACGAAUUUCUAUCGACUCGGACAUCAAGGUUCCUGAAAGCCUCGAUGACGGUCCUCGCUCUGUCACCGUCAAGGGCCCUCUGGAUCCUUUGAACCCCGCCGACUCUCAAUUCAAGACUUCUGUCACUUGGCUCAUGGGAAACACUGCCAACGUCCUUGAGAACUUCUCGCUCUCCAUCAUCUCCUCAUUGUUGAUGGAUGGUUAUGGCUCACCCCUCUACCGCGACCUGAUUGAGGCUGGCCUCGGUCCCGACUUCUCACCAAACACUGGCUUUGAUGGUUCUGGCAAGCGUGGCGUCUUCUCGGUCGGUCUCAAUGGCGUCAAGCAAGAAAACGUUCCUAAGGUCAAGGAAGCCGUCAUGGAGACUUUGCGCCAAGUCAGAGAGAAGGGCUUCGACCAGUCCAAGGUUGAUGGUAUUCUGCAUCAGCUCGAGCUUAGCCUGAAGCACAAGACUGCCAACUUCGGCAUGUCGAUCAUCCAGCGUCUCAAGCCUGGUUGGUUCAACGGAGUUGAUGUCUUUGACGCUCUAGCGUGGCAACAGACCGUUGAUACCUUCAAGUCUGAAUGUGCCAAGGGAGAUUACCUCGAGAGUUUGUUGGAAAAGUAUCUGUUGAACGACAACACUUUGACAUUCACCAUGGAGCCUUCCGCCACCUAUGGCGAGGAUCUUCUCGCAGAGGAAGCGCAAAGACUGGCAUCGAAGAAAGCCGAGGCCGAGAAGAUCUACGGCUCGAAGCAGGAGGCUUACGAUCAGCUGAAGAAGAGAGAGCUUGAACUUGUCGAACAACAGAUGCAGGAGCAAGACCUGAGCUGUCUGCCGUCUGUCCACGUCAAGGACAUUCCUCGAACCAAGCCAAUGACCGAGACUCGCCAGGACUCUCUCGACAAGGUCAAGAUCCAGUGGAGGGAGGCUCCUACAAAUGGUCUGACUUACUUCCGGGCUCUCAGCAUAUUCAAGGACCUGCCAACAGAGCUACGCACCUUCAUCCCUCUUUUCUGUGACGCCUUGAUGCGCAUUGGUAGCAAGACCAAGUCGAUGGAAGAGAUCGAGGAUCUGAUCAAGCUCAAGACUGGUGGCGUCUCGUUCGGUUACCACGCAUGUACUUCUCCUACUAACACCAAGGCCUGCGAAGAGGGCUUGAGUCUAUCAGGAUUCGCACUUGACCAGAACGUCCCCGCCAUGUAUGACCUGAUCCGAACAAUCAUCCUGGAGACAGACUUCGACGGACCUAAGGCCAAAGCUUCUCUUCGCGAGUUGGUCCAGAGCGCUGCCAGUGGUGGUGUCGAUACCAUCGCCGAGUCAGGUCACGCUUAUGCCAGGCGUGUCGCUGAGGCUGGCAUCAGCCCUCACGGAAACCUGCUCGAGCAGACUGGAGGUAUCAGUCAGAUCAAGCACAUGGUGUCCCUCGCAUCACGACCCGAGAUUGGUGACGAUAUCGUCCAGCCUCUGAAGGCCAUCCAACAGCUCGUUGCAGCAAAUGUGUCCAGCAUGAGAGUUGCCAUCACUUGCGGGGCCGAGUCAACCAGCAUCAACGAAGCAGCUCUCCAGGGCUUCCUCCGCAGCACGUUCUCAUCGUCGUCUGAGCUUUCAUCUCAGUCGCAAUCAAGCCAGACAUUGACCCGCACUGCCAAGUCGUUCUUCUCUCUCCCUUACCAAGUUUACUACUCGGGUCUCGCCUUGCCUACUGUUCCCUACACGGAUGCAUCCGGCGCACCGUUGGCAGUUCUCGCACAACUGCUCACACACAAGCACCUGCAUCGUGAGAUCCGCGAGCGUGGUGGAGCAUACGGAGGUGGAGCCUACUCUCGCGCAUUGGAUGGUGUGUUUGGAUUCUAUUCUUACCGCGAUCCCAACCCUGAAAACACCAUCAAGGUGUUGGACAAUGUUGGAAAGUGGGCAGUGGAGAGAAAGUGGACUGAUCGUGAUCUUGAAGACGCUAAGCUGUCGGUGUUCCAAGCACUCGACGCACCCAGAAGCGUGAGUGAGGAAGGCAUGACCAGGUUCGUCAGCGGAGUGACUCCAGACAUGGAGCAGACACGCCGACAGCAGCUUUUGGAUGUCACACAGGAGCAGGUGCGCGACGCAGCGGAACGCUUCUUGGUAGACGGCAUGUCCAACAGCAGCAUGGCUGUUCUCGGAGCUCGCAAGAGCUUUGUGGAUGAGGCACAAGGUUGGAAGGUGCAGGAGAUUGGGCUGGGCGGCUCUGCCCCGACUGAAGUCGAAUCUGAGGCAGAAGUUGCCGCAGCGGCAGCGUAA